AUGCGGCCAGUUCAUAAUGUUUGCCUGCUAUUCCUGCUGCUCGGAGCAGCUGUGUGCUCUGUGACGGCACAGAAGGGUCGACUGCUGGAUGGCCAGGCGGCCGCUGUUGGCUCCCAUCCCUACAGUGUCUCGCUGCAGCGAAAUGGCGCCCAUAUCUGUGGAGCUGCUCUGAUCAGCAACAAGGUCUGCCUGACCGCCGCUCAUUGCGUCACCAUUGGCGGCAUUGAAAGCUAUCCUGCACGCAGUUUCUUGGUACGCGCGGGCAGCAUUCAGCGUGUGGCUGGCGGCCAGCUGGCCCAGGUGGCUCGCAUAGUGGUGCACAAGGACUAUGCGAAUGGGCUCAAUGAUCUGGCUUUGGUUGUUCUCGAGCAGGCCCUGACGCUGAAUGCCAAUACACAGCCCAUUGCUCUGGCCAGCCAAGCGCCGCCCGCCGGCGCGGAAAUCACCUACACCGGCUGGGGUGCCAUACGCAAUCAGGGCACGCUUAGCCAACGCCUGCUGGUGGGCAGCCGGCAGACAAUUAGUGCAGCCGACUGCCAGAAGCAACUGUAUAUAGAUGACGAGGGACUCUUGUGCCUGACGUCAGCAUCAGAGACGGCCUCUGACGGCAUAUGUCAUGGCGAUGCCGGUGCGCCGGCUGUCUAUAAGGACGAGCUGGUUGCCAUUGGCGGCUUCUAUGCUGACGUUUGUGGCAGCUCCCUGCCCAAUGGGUUUAUGAAUGUCGCCCAUUACUUAGACUGGAUUAAGGCUAAUAUGUAAAAGAUUUGAACCCAGUCACCUCCACGACGUAUGCAUGACACGAAUGUGCCAACACGAAGGCUUUCUAUGAUAUGAUAGUCAUAUAAGAUUCUUAAAAUAAAAUUUCAUCGCUGCUCGAUACCUACUUUCCAACGGUUGGCAAUUUGGUAUAUUCAAAUAUUGAUAUGGCAUCUGGCCUGGAGAGAUUAAUCAUUGGAAUGUGCAGGCUAUCCUCUUUUAUCCUCUAACGACAAUCCUCUGCAAAAGUAUAAAAUUUGCUUCUAAGACCUCUAAAUAAGCACAAAAGAAGAUAACUGAUUUGCAACUGAAUUUUAUAUUCUUUGCUCAGGCAAAGCCUGAAAUACUUGUUGGUAUAUAUUGUACAUGUAUAAACUUCAAUUUGUUAUCUUAAUAUAGAGUAUCUGACUGUCGGAUUCUGCUUUUGGAUAGUCUUCAUGCCGACUCCUCGAAACUUAUAGAUUCUGACCAAGGACACCAUAUAUAUACCUUGAAGUGUCGAAAAUGCUUUCUUCUUACUGUUACAUACAUUGGCACAAAACUAAUAUACCCUUUUAAACAUUUUCAAUGGGCUCAGGGUGUUAAUAUAAUCUGAGUAGACAGUAUGCGUAGAUUAAAGUUUCCCAUGGGCGCUAAAUGCUUGUUUUGAAAGAACAAAAACUUAGCAUAGGUGUAUAUACUAUAAGUAAAUACUUAGGAUGUAUUAAGGUACAAAGGUUUGGAGUUGGGUGGAGAAUUCUUCCUAGCUAUGCACCCAAUAAGAUCGUUAAGGAGUUUAGCUCGUGUGGCCAGCUG